ACGAGGCAAGGCUUCGCCGUAACGCCGCGGCCGGCCUCCGUGGGAGUCGCGGCUGGGGGUUGCGCGUCGUCUGCUCCGGCUCCGGCUCCGGCUCCGGCUCCGGGUGCGCGCGCCGUCUUCCCCCCGCAGACCGACUUCCGCCCGGCCCCGCCCAGCGCGAGGGGCGCGCGGCCUCCCGGAGCCCCCGGAGACUUGGACCGCUGAGCGGGAGGAGGCGGCGGGAGCGCGAGCUCCGACCAGCGUCUCGGCGGCGCCGCGGGAUUGAACAGGAAGAACCCUGAGUUCCGUCCUGCAGUGGGAGGUUGAGAAAGGACGUCUGCGGCCUCCUGAGCUCUGUGACUCCAGAGGUUGAAUCCGGAGCAUCUUUCCUGUGAGAGGUUCCCAAGCUUUCAAAACUCGGGUACUAAUAAAAGAACUUUCAUCUGGGAAGUAGAAGUCGCUUCUGACCGAUUGCUUCUGAAUCUCUUUAGGAUUCACAGAUGGAUUCCGUGGAAAAGACAACAAACAGAAGUGAACAAAAAUCAAGUAGAAAGUUUUUAAAAAGCCUCAUCCGGAAACAGCCUCAGGAACUGCUCCUGGUAAUCGGGACGGGAGUCAGUGCCGCCGUGGCCCCAGGGAUCCCCGCCCUGUGCUCGUGGAGGAGCUGCAUCGAGGCCAUCAUCGAGGCCGCGGAGCAGCUCGAGGUGCUGCACCCCGGGGAUGUGGCCGAGUUCCGCAGGAAGGUGACCAAGGACGGGGACCUGCUGGUUGUCGCCCAUGACCUGAUCCGGAAGAUGUCCCCUCGCACGGGCGACACCAAGCCCAACUUCUUCCAGGACUGCCUGCUGGAGGUUUUCGACAACCUGGAGCAGCACAUCCAGAGCCCGCUGGUGCUGCAGUCCAUCCUCAGCCUGAUGGAGAGGGGCACCAUGGUGCUGACCACCAACUACGACAACCUGCUGGAGAUCUUCGGGCAGCAGCACAACAAGCCCAUGGAGUCUUUGGAUCUGAAGGACAAGACCAAGGUCCUUCAGUGGGCUAGAGGACACAUGAAGUACGGAGUUCUUCACAUUCACGGCUUAUACACAGACCCCUGCGGGAUGGUGUUGGACCCAUCGGGAUACAAAGACGUUACUCAAGACCCAGAAGUCAUGGAAGUUCUUCAGAACUUGUACUGCACCAAAUCUUUUCUGUUUGUGGGCUGCGGAGAGACCCUUCGUGAUCAGAUAUUCCAGGCCCUCUUCCUUUAUUCGGUGCCGAACAAGGUGGAUUUGGAGCACUACAUGGUUGUGCUCAAGGAGAACGAAGACCAUUUCUUUAAGCAUCAGGCAGACAUGCUUCUGCAUGGGAUCAAAGUCGUGUCCUACGGGGACUGUUUUGACUAUUUUCCGGGGUACGUGCAAGACCUUGCCACUCAGAUCUGCAAACAGCGAAGUCCAGAUGCCGAUCGAGUGGACAGCACCACGUUGUUCGGUAAUGCAUGCCAGGACUGUGCAAAGAGGAAGUUAGAAGAAAAUGAAAUUGAAGUUUCAAAGAAACUCAGACAAUCAGAUACUGAUGAUGCUGGAGGGUCUUGAAAUCUUUAAAACCAAUAAAACCUGCAACUUGAAAACCAGCCUUCUGUAACCACAGUGCCAUCCCAAACGAUGAGGAAAUGUUAGAGAACUCCACACAGGACCUCUUGAUCCUGAACCGUCAAAUACCCCAAAAGAGCCAUGUGGGUGUGUGGCCCUCAGAGGCUGGGUGAGGGAGUUCCGCGUUGUGUUGAACUGCUUGGGAGGUGACGCAUACACACGGCAGGUAUCCUUUGUGAGGACAGAUACACAACUACCUCAGGGACCAAAUCAAUGGGCAGGGACGUACCUGGUAUUCCCGACUCCCAUUUGAUAUGCCCUGUCAGGUGGUUUUUUUCUCUAAUAAAAGGGGGAAAGUAAAGACUGUCCAAGCAACAGUAGUUGCCAAAGAGAAAAUAAGACACUAGACACUUAAAUCUUAUAAUUUUUGUGGAAACAUCCAUUAGUGUAGAAAAAAAAAUUAGAAGUGUGUUUGUUACAUUGUUAAAUAGUAAAGAAGGAAUGGAAACUGGAGGCACUGAGUCCGCCAGUGAGAGCGGUAUGUUUUAAGAAUGACUUGACCUGUAGGCUUCUCUGGAGUUGUGUAAUUUCAGUUAGUACUUGGUCUCUAAAGAAUGGCAGGUCUAACUGUUACUAAGAAGUGAAGUCUUCAGGAGCCAGAGGGCCUUUUCAAAAGCACAGGUCAUGCAAGUGUGUCAUGCGAUGGAUAACUGAGAAAUUACAAGUGGAGCACAAGACCAAGUUCUAAACUUUUAGUUCAAUUCCAAGCUUUCCAAGCCUUUAUUCUAUGGGUUAAGGUCCAACCUUUCUGUUCUUGUCUCUUAAAAUCCUCUCCCCACAGCCCAUAUUAAAGGAUUUGCACAGAGUGAAGUAGGCAAAACUUGUCAAGGGCCUGUUAACACUUUAGACGUUGUCAGGGUUCGCGCAGGGCAGCUGGCAUGCUGGACUGCGUGCUCGUGCCCAGGGAGUUGCUCUGUGGCCCUGGCGCUGUCCCUGCUUGGCUUCUGUGUCAAGGCUGCCUGUCUUGUAGCUCCCCACGGGUUUAGGGAAAGUGAAGCAUGAAGUUGGGAUGUGUAGGGAAUGAGAGAAAAGCCAGAGAGUUGCUUAAGACCUUUUUUGUUUUUUUCUUUUUGAAGCAUGGAAAACAAAUCUUUUAUGUUAUUCUGGUCAGAAAUAAAAUUUUAUCUUCAAUUC